GCUCCGCUGCCCGGGCAGUGCCGGGGGACCCGCGAUGGGCUCCGGCCGCCGCUGCUCGCUCCUGCUGCUGCUGGUGCUGCUGCUGGUGCUGCUGGAGCUGCCCGCGGCGUGGGGGGACUGUGGGCCGCUGCCGAAUAUCAGCCAUGCUGAGCCCCGAGGAGACAGCAAACACCAGCAGAGCUUCAGUGUGGGCUCCACAGUGACUUUUCGCUGUGUCCCGGGUUACACCAAGCUCCCCUCUCUCUCCGACACCAUCCAGUGCCUGUCGAACUCCCGCUGGUCCAGCCUGCCAGAGUUCUGUGGCCGCAGCUGUCCCACACCCAGGUCUGUGCAAUUUGCUGCGCUAUCACCAGAAGACAAAAUGCAGAAUUUUUACGCUGUUAACACCACGGUGAGGUACGUUUGUCGCCUAGCUUAUGAAAACACCACAGCCCAGCCCCCCACCAGCACCUGUUUGGACAACUUAACGUGGACAGAAGUUCCUGAACUGUGUCAAAAGAAAUCGUGUGGUAUUCCAGCCAAUCCAGAACAUGGCCAAGCCAUCCUAAAAGAUAUCCUAAAAGAUCAUCUGCUGGGUGGAACAGCCAGAGUGGUUUGUGACCGUGGGUACAGACUGAAGGGAGCAUCACCUUCCAUCAGGUGUCUCCUAGAGGGCGACAAAGCUGUCUGGAGUCCUCUUCCAGCUUGUCAGGUGAUUUCCUGUCCCCCUCCUCCAGCCAUCCCCCACGGGCAGCACAGUGGGAGCAGCUCGGGGCAGUUCGUGCUGGGCUCCGUCGCAACCUACACGUGUGAGCCGGGGCUGGAGCUGGUGGGGCAGGACACGCUGCGCUGCACCGGCGACAGCGGCGACAGCGGCGACAGCGGCGACAGCGGCACCUGGAGCGGCGCCCCGCCCGCCUGCCGGGUUAAAACCACAGCAGAGACAAACCAAACCAAACCCUCAGAAGAGAAUCCUUACUGGCUGGCAAGCAUCCUCAUUCCGAGUUGCAUUGUUCCCCCAGUAGCCCUUGGAAUUCUAGCUGGGAUCAUCGUGAGACGGAAAGAGAGUGAAAAGCACUCUUAUAAUGUGAAUUCACAAAAGCAGGAGGUGAAGGCAAGGGAUUCAGCGAUGCACCUGGAGGUUACAGAUGAGAAGAAGCUCCCCAAGCCCUGGAAUUCCUAUUUUUGCCACACAGGGAAGUGCCACGUGUGUCCCAGCUGUGAGGAGCAGCUCCACAGUGCCCUGGCCCCUCUCUCAGAGCCCCCAUGCCACGGCUGUGCCGCCUGCCAGGACUGGCUGAGCUCCCAGCCCCAAAAGCCCCGCAGCUACUCGGUGCCCAGCGUUGGUGAUGGGGACAGCCAGAGCCCAGCAGGCACCAGCUCUCCUGCCAUGGAUGUGCUGAGGGCAGAUGGCAUAGGAGGAGCUGCUCCGUGGAGGAGUGAGGCAGAGCAGCCCAUGGACCACCAAAGUGACCACAUCUGUCCCAUCUGUGAGAGCUGGCUGCGUGCCCACACUGGCCAGGGGGACAGCAGGGCUGUGACACCGGGCGAGUGGCAGCACAAGGGCCCCCAGGGCCCCGUCUGCCCCCCCUGCACGGACAGACAGCUCCUGUCCCUGGUCCACGGGGACACAGCCAGCAGCCCCGUGUGUCCCCUGGCCGGGGAGGGCACCCCAGCCCACCUGGUCCCUCCGCACAGCCCCGGCUGCCACCUGUGCCCCGUGUGCUCGGUGCCCAGCCACGCUCACCUGUGCCAGCCCCAGCGCCUGGCACCCGAUGCUGCCCGGUGCCCGCUGCCCCGCGUGCCCUACGGGCGGGUGUCCCCUCGCCGCUUUUCCUACCGGCCAUGGGACACCGUGAGCAUCACCUGCACCCCGGGCUACACCCUGCGGGGCCCGGGCAGCAGCACCUGCGGGGCUGCCUCCAGGUGGGACCCUCCUCUGCCCGAGUGCAGAAAGGAGGUGACAUGUCCCCGGGCACCCAACAUCGCCAACGGGCUGCACUCCGGGCUCUCCUCGGGCAGCUUUCCCCGCGGAGUCACCGUGUCCUACAGCUGCAGGGAGGGCUUCCAGCUGCUCGGCAAUGAGUCCAUCACCUGCACGGACUCGGGGCGCUGGAGCCGGCCCCUGCCCCGCUGUGAAGCGAUCGGCUGCCAGGUACCCGAGGUGCAGAACGGGCAGGUGCACAACGCGCAGAGCACCUACAGAGCUGGAGACACUCUGCACUUUGGCUGCCACCCCGGCCAUGCAGCGGAGGGCUCCGAUGAGGCUCGGUGCCAGCCCGGGGGCGCCUGGGACCCGCCGGAGCUCGUGUGCCACAGGGUCCGGCCGUGCCCGAUGCCUCCGGAGGUGGCCAAUGGAAAUCACAACGGCCGGGACACGGCAGUGUUCACCAUGGGAAUGUCUGUGAGGUACAGCUGCGAUCCCGGCUAUUACCUGGUUGGAAAUGCCACUGUGACCUGCAGAGCAUCGGGGAACUGGAGCCAGCCCCGGCCUCGCUGCCAAGAGGUGACAUGUCCCCGGGCACCCAACAUCGCCAACGGGCUGCACUCCGGGCUCUCCUCGGGCAGCUUUCCCCGCGGGGUCACCGUGUCCUACAGCUGCAGGGAGGGCUUCCAGCUGCUCGGCAAUGAGUCCAUCACCUGCACGGACUCGGGGCGCUGGAGCCGGCCCCUGCCCCGCUGUGAAGCGAUCGGCUGCCAGGUACCCGAGGUGCAGAACGGGCAGGUGCACAACGCGCAGAGCACCUACAGAGCUGGAGACACUCUGCACUUUGGCUGCCAGCCCGGCCACGCAGCGGAGGGCUCCGAUGAGGCUCGGUGCCAGCCCGGGGGCGCCUGGGACCCGCCGGAGCUCGUGUGCCACAGGGUCCGGCCGUGCCCGAUGCCUCCGGAGGUGGCCAAUGGAAAUCACAACGGCCGGGACAAAGCGUUUUUUACCGCUGGGAUGUCUGUGAGGUACAGCUGCGAUGCCGGCUAUUACCUGGUCGGAAAUGCCGCUGUGACCUGCAGAGCAUCGGGGAACUGGAGCCAGCCCCGGCCUCGCUGCGAAGGCACUGUCUGCAUCAAUCCAAUCGUAGCCAACGGAAGGCAAGUUGGUGGCCACGGGGUCCUCUCUGCCCCCGGGCAAACGGUGACAUUCCGGUGCCACGAUGGGUACAGCCUGCAGGGCAGUGCCAGCCUGUCGUGCCAGGAGGAUGGCAGCUGGCAGCCCCCUGCUCCUUGCUCUUUGUGUGCUUGCCCCCCGUGUGCCUGUCCUGCCUGCUGCUCACAUCUCUUUUCUCUCUCACUAGGUGCUUGUGGUGCUCCCACAAGGUUACAGUUUGCUGAGCUAAAUGAGGAGCACAGGAAUGCCAUUGAUUUUCCUGUUGGGAAGACUGUGCAAUACACUUGCCGCCCUGGAUAUGCAAAAGUGCCAGGAAUGUCACCUACUCUGACAUGCCUUGAGAGAGGAGUGUGGUCAGAAGCACUAGAGUUCUGUAAAAGGAAGCAGUGCAGUCACCCAGGUGAGCCUGUGAAUGGCAAGAUUGUUUCCCUGACAAAUCUCCAGCUUGGCUCUACAGUGGUUUACAGCUGUGAGGAAGGGCACAGGUUAGUUGGACAAGCCAGCAGACGCUGCGAGAUCUCUGGGGGACGUGUUGCAUGGACUGGCCACACUCCCCUCUGUCAGCGCAUCCCUUGCGAGCCCCCGCCGGACAUCCCCAACGGGCAGCACUCGGGCCGGCUGCAGAGCGAGUUCCACUACGGCACGGCCGUGACCUACAGCUGCAAGCACGGGCUGCCCCUGCACGGGGAGCCCUCCAUCCACUGCACCACCCGCGACGGCCACAGCGGCGUCUGGAGCGAGCCCCUGCCGGCCUGCGGAGAGGCGAGCUGUCCCGUCCCACAGAUCCAGCACGGGAGGAUCGUGGCUGCCAGGGCUGCCUACGCACACAGGGACACCGUGACCUUCCAGUGUGACCCAGGCUAUGCCAUUCGUGGCCACAGAGAGAUCCAGUGCCAGCCAAACAACACCUGGGAGCCGCCUGUGCCGGUCUGCGAGCAGGGUGGCUGCAGAGCCCCUGCCAGGCUGGGCUUUGCCGAGCUCAAGGAGCCCUACAGGAACCAGACAGUGUUUCCUGAGGGGAGCAGGGUAGAAUUCGAGUGCCAGCCUGGCUACAGCCAGCGCCUGGGUGUGUCACCAGCCAUCACCUGCCUCAGCAACCAGACGUGGUCAGCAGCGCUGGAGUUCUGUAAAAGUGUCACCUGCGCUGCCCCUCCGGCCAUCCCCAAUGGGACGCACAGUGGGGGCUCCAGGGACACCUUCUCCCUUGGGGACGUGGUCACCUACACCUGUGCCUCGGGGCUGGCCCCAGCUGGAGACACCUCCCUGUCCUGCACCUCUGGGGACGGGGAGCGUGGCACGUGGAGCGGGACGGUGCCGCGGUGCCAAGAGGUGAGGUGCCCUGCCCCGCCGAGCAUCGCCAACGGGCAGCACGGUGCCAGCCCCGGGGCCAGGCACAGCCCGGGCUCCGAGGUGCGCUACACCUGCGCCGAGGGCUAUUCCCUGCUGGGCAACGCCUCCAUCCGCUGCACGGCCCGGGGCACCUGGAGCCGGCCCCAGCCCCGCUGCCGAGCAAUUGGCUGCACCACGCCAGAGAUCGAGAAUGGAAAAGUGGCUGGGUCAGAGACCACCUACAACCUGGAGGACACCAUCAUCUUCGAGUGCAACUUUGGUUAUGCCUUGAAGGGCUCUCAGGAGUCCCAGUGCCAGUUUGGGGGCAAGUGGCACCCUCCUGUCCCCAGCUGUGAGAAGUUGCCACCGUGUCCUUCCCCUCCAACUAUCAGGAAUGGCCAGCACGACAGCAAGGGGGUGGCAGAGUUCAUCCCUGGCAUGGCAGUGAGGUACCACUGUGACCCAGGCUACUUCCUGGCUGGGAAAAGCACGAUUUCCUGCUUGCCAUCGGGAGUCUGGAGCAUCCCUUACCCCCGCUGUGAAGUGAUCACCUGCAGCAGCCCCAGCAUCAAGGACGGGGAGGUGGCUGAGGGCCGGAGGGCCGUGUACCGCCCUGGGGACAACGUCACCUUCCAGUGCCACCCAGGCUUCGUGCUGAGGGGCAGCCGUGGGGCCAAGUGCCAGCCUGACAGCCGCUGGGUGCCCGCUGUGCCCACCUGCCAGCCAGCGCGGCCCUGCCCUCCGCCCCCCGUCAUCGCCCACGCCACGCUCAGCGCCGAGCCCGGGACCAACUUCACCAGUGGCACCUCCGUGAGCUACAGCUGCCAGCCUGGCUUCACCCUGCUCGGGGACCCCUCGGUGCUGUGCACGGCCUGGGGCAACUGGAGCCUUCCCUACCCUCGCUGUGCAGCCGGUUGUGGCACACCAACACUGUUGCUAUUUGCUGAGCUAAGCAAGGAAUAUGAAAAUCAGACUGAGUUUCCUGUUGGGAUGACUGUGAACUACACUUGUCGGCCUGGACACGUGGAACAGCCACAGAUAUCACCAACUAUCACAUGUCUUGAAAAUCUAACGUGGUCUGAAGCCCAGGAGUUUUGCAAAAUGCUGCAAUGCCCUUCACCUCCCAGUAUUACCAAAGGAACCCACGACAGCCAGGAUUUGGAGGUUUUUCCCGCUGGGAUGGUUGUGAACUACAGCUGUGACCCUGGCUACAGCCUCCGGGGAGAGGCAUCCAUCCACUGCACCAACUCUGGCAACUGGAGCCUCCCUCUCCCUCAGUGUGCAGGUGGCUGUGGUGCGCCUCCAAACCUGACCUUUGCUGAGCUAGCCAGGCAAUACAGAAAUCAGCAGGAAUUUGCUGUUGGGGACACUGUGAGCUACAGCUGCCGGCCGGGACACUCGAGACGCCCCGGAGUGCCCCAAACUCUGACUUGCCUCCAAAACCACACGUGGUCUGAAGCCCUAGAGUUCUGUAAAAGGAAGCAAUGUAGAUACCCAGAACCCCCCAGGAAUGGCAGAGUUGUUGUUCUGACAGAUCUGCUUUUUGGGUCAACCGUGAGCCACACGUGUGAUGAAGGGUACAGACUGGUUGGAGAGUCCCACAGGAGAUGUGAGAUUUUGGGACGAGAUGUUGCCUGGACUGGUCUGCCUCCUAUCUGUAAAAGGGUGGUGUGCCCAGCCCCACGGGUCCAGAAUGGGAGUGUGGCUGUCCCCAGGCCCCGCUACACCUUCGGGGACUCUGUCACCUUCAAGUGCCACAGAGGCUUCACCCUGCGAGGCCACCCCACGUCCCAGUGCCAAGGGGACAGGAGGUGGCACCCACCUGUGCCUGUCUGUGAGCAGGAUGGAGUGUCAGAACGUUAUCACCACCCUGACCCCACAACAAAGCCAGUGCUGCACUGCUCCAAGCCUGCAAAUAUCACCCACGGAUCUUUCCAUGGCCCAGCAAAAGCAGUUUUUACUGUGGGAACAUCUGUAAACUACAUCUGUGAGCCUGGCUUCUCCCUCCUGGGGACAGCAUCCAUUUAUUGCACAGCGUCUGGAGCCUGGAGCCAUCCUCCUCCCGUCUGUCAAGCCGUGAAGUGUCCGCAGCCUCCGAGCAUCACCAACGGGAGGCUGCAAGGGAACGCCUCUGCCACCUUUCCCCGGGGAGCCGCCGUGUCCUACAGCUGCGAUCCCGGUUACUCUCUGCUCGGGAACGCUUUCAUCAGCUGCACGGGCUCCGGGGCCUGGAGCCAGCCCCUCCCGCAGUGCAAAGAGAUCAGAUGUGAAUUCCCGGAUGUCCAAGGUGUUAAAAAAGCCAUUAAAGGAAGUACUUAUCGCUCUGGCACUAACAUCACUCUUGAAUGUGACGAUGGUUACGUGCUGGAAGGCAUCAGUCACACCCAGUGCCAGGAGGAUUUCAGCUGGGACCCUCCCGUGCCAGCCUGUAAACUGAGGGCCCCGGCGGGCGGGCCCGGCCAUGGCGGCGCCGCGCUGAGGGCGGGGCGGGCCGCGCAUGCGCACCCGCCCCCGCGCUGCGUCUCCGGCGGCGCCGGGAGGGAGCGGAGCGGCCGCGGCCGCGGCCCCGCUGCGGGCAUGGGGCGGCUCUCGGUGCUGCCAGCGCUGCUGCUGCUGCUGUCCGUGCUGGUGCUGUGGCAGCUCGGCGGAGCCCGGGCUCAGGGCUCGUGUCCCAAGCCAGAUCGGCAGCAGAAUGCAGAGCUCGACGAGAGCUCCAGGGACCUCCAAGAUUUUCCACCUGGGACCAAAAUCUCCUUCACCUGCCGGCCAGGAUACAUUAGGGUCCCGGGGAAGUCGCUGACCUGGACAUGUGGUAAUAACUUGCAGUGGUCACAAACAAGCGUUUUCUGUACAGCAAGAAAAUGUAAAUACCCAGGACCCUUGGAAAAUGGUUAUUUUGAUGCAAGAGAUCUUACAUUUGGUUCAAAAUUGACAUUUCGUUGUAAUGAAGGAUACAGAUUAAUAGGUAAGGAAGAGAUUUCCUGUGAUAUCAAGAAUGGAGGUGUUGACUGGAGUGGAGCUCUGCCUUACUGUGAAAUAAUUCCUUGUGAGCCACCUCCCAGAAUAGCCAACGGGGAGUACGAGGAGAGAGGCAGCUACGUGUACCAGAGCUCAGUGACCUACAGGUGCCUGGAUGUCCCCGAGGGCAGUGAUCCCUUCUCCCUCAUCGGCUCAGACACCAUUUACUGCACAUCUGAUGCACACUCAAAUGGAGUUUGGAGUGGGCCACCUCCGGAAUGUCGAGUGGUCAAAUGUGAAGACCCCAGAGUUGAAAAUGGGAGAAAAAUGUCUGGAUUUGGACUUCCCUACAGAUACAAGGACUCAGUUGUGUUUGAGUGUAAUCAAGGCUAUUUCAUGGUUGGAGCACAGGUAAUUACCUGUGAAGCAGAUAACAUCUGGGUUCCUCCACAACCAACCUGUGAGAAAAUUACUCCAGAGAUGUGUCUUGCUCCGAAGAUCCCCAAUGGGGCCCUGAUUCCAGCCAAAGGUGCCUAUGCAAAAGGAGAGGCUGUGCAGAUCAGGUGCAAUGCUGGCUGCUCCUUCCCUGAUGGCUCUGCAGAGAUGACAGUGACCUGUCAAGAACAGAGUUCCUGGGGUGCUUUACAGCACUGUUCCUGUGAGUCUGAAGGUUCUGGUUCCACACCAGUCAUAAGUCAUGGGAGAGUGAUAGAAGGACAAAAACCUUCCUACUCUGUGGGGGAUUUCAUUACCAUUGAAUGUUACCCGGGGUACACCUUGCAUGGCGAGGCUCGGAUUCAGUACAUUGGGAACAACCAGUGGGUGCCAGCUGUGCCAACCUGCCAGCUCAGUGAGUCUGAAGGUUCUGGUUCCACACCAGUCAUAAGUAAUGGGAGGGUGAUAGAUGGACAAAAACCUUCCUACUCUGUGGGGGAUUUCAUUACCUUUGACUGUUACCCGGGGUACACCUUGAAUGGGCAGGCUCGGAUUCAGUACAUUGGGAACAACCAGUGGGUGCCAGCUGUGCCAACCUGCCAGCUCAGUGGAUAUAUUAUAGCCAUCAUCUGUGUGAUUGUGGUAGUUGUGGUGCUCCUGGCAGCCUUCUGGAUCUACAAGAAAUUCUUCUCACAGAAUGGCUCGUACACAGUUGAUGAGAGUUGCAAGGAAAUUUGUAUUUUAAAAACUAAUGUCCCAGCUGAGAUGGAAGAAACUGCACAAAUGAAUUAAUGAAAAGGAAACGGGACAGCACUCCCAGUUCUGCCGAAUAUAAGAUGUGUAAAGCAUGACUGCCCUUGCUGGGGUGGGAGGGACCUGGCAGGGGGAUGUCCCUGGCAGAGCUGGACAAGGAUUGAUUCCCUUGCACUGAGGGGCUGCCCACGAGUCCCUUGUGCUGCUGAACUGCAGGAGGAGGUGCUUGAUAGGAUAAGGAGUGUGUGUGCAUCUAGCUAGCACAGAGCCUGCUUUGCCCUCCCUGCCCUCCUGUGCCCAUCGGCUGGGGGAAAGGCAGUACCUGUAGCAUGCCAGGGUCUGUGGGAGUGCUGCAAUGUCCCAGUGCCAGCUGCUGCUCCCUGCUGCCUUCAGUGCCACCUCGUGGCUUGCAGAAGAUGUCCAAUAUUCUCCUGUGUCCUGUAGAGCUCUGCUCACUCAAACCUGGCUGUCCUUCCCAUCCCUCUUUGCAGCAGAGGUGGUGUAAAUGGUCCUGGGGUUUCCUUUGUUGCUCGUUCCCUGGAGAGUCUGGUGCCAUUGAAGGCAAUGUCUUUUGGAAACUAUCACAAUUAAGAUCUUAUAUACUCUACCUCUUUGUCUGCCAAAGUUGGUUGCUGUAUAUAUAAUGAAUUGAAUGUGCCUUGAAAUCAGAGUUUUAUAGCUUUUCCUUUGCUUUUGAGAAGGAAAAAAAGCUAUAUAUAUAUAUUUCUGAUUCUUUGCUUUAAUCUCCCAAAGACUGCGGUGGAUUUGUUGGGCCUGAAAAUGGAAGGAUUCUGUAGCAAAGGCAUCCCCUGCCUGUUGACAGGAGAUCCCUAAUCAAAGGAACUGCUGAGAGCUCAGUGGUGGCUGUGUCCUGUCAUGAGCACAGUGGAAGUUCCUUAGGGUGCUCCAUUUUAUGAGCCUUGAUGUCAGGUCUGGAGAUCUUCUGUUGCUUUCAGGGGUAGAAACAGGUGCUGUGUGAUCCACCUCCCUUGCUUUUUUACUUGAAGUCACAUAUUCACAUUUCUAACCUCUGGCUGCAGACUGGGAUGUUAAAUCAAGCUCUGAAAAGCUGGAUUUAGCAUCAGAUUCCUGUUUAGAAGCAGAAGCUUUUCCCUGUCACUCGCUUUUCAUGUUAAAGGAAAGCCAGGCCAGUUCAGUUGUGUGAGUGCUGGUAGAUGUGGUGGUCUCUUGUUUGCUGCUUGGUGCUUGUUCAGCAAAUGCUUUAGUCCAGAUUCUCACUCCAGGAGCCCCCACCACUGUGUUUGCCAUUAGUUUAGAGUCACUGCUACUUCUAAUUCCUCAGCAAACCCCAUAUCUUAACUAGAACAGGUUUUAGCUCCAUGAAUCUCACUAUCAGCAUCCAGACAGCUUCUGAUUUUCACAGAAAAUCCAAAUAGCCUCACUUGAGAUGCCUGAGGCAGCAUUGGAAGUGCUCUGGCUUGUCUGUGGCUGCUUGGCACUGCUCUCCCUGUCAUCAACAGAUUGUUGGAGUGGCACAGAACUGUUUGGGGCUUGAUAGGGCUUUUUGGGACAAUCCCAGCAGUUGCAUUGUUGGAGCUCAUAAUAGGCCGUGGUUGUUAGAAAGGGGCUUUGGCUCUGCAGAAGGAUUUGCUGUUUGUGGCCUGGCUGAUAGCUCAGCUUGAGAGUUGUUUGUAAACACUGGGAUGUGUGACUGGGGCUGAGUGUGGUGCUGGUCAGGAGCUCAGCUUGCUUUGUGUGGCAUCUGCAAUGUGCUGAAAUAACACUGGAAUGUUCUUGAUUGGGAAGUGAAAUCACUGUAAAAAGUGGCUGUGUUUUUGCUCUUUCUGGAUGUAAAGAUUGGCCAUAAUUUGUAAUAUUCCAAAUAAAAAUGUUAAAUUAUUUAGCAGUAA